AUGGAAAAUGAGUCGCCUCUCUCGAGUCCCGAGCCCGGGCUGACCGAGCAUGAUUACCCCCCGGCCUCAGACAGAAGGAAGUCCGGACGUGCCACGCGAAAACCUGAAUUGUUCUCUCAGAGCUAUGGUGAGGCACGUCCCGCCGGAGCCAAGCGCAAGCGUGAUCCUACCCGCGACAACGACAACGACAACGACAACGAUGAUGACGACGACGACGAGGAGGAAGACGCUGAAGACGUCGACGUUGAGAACGCGUCAGAAUCAGAGGAUAUCAGCGACGAAGAGCCCGAUGAAGAAGAAUUGAAAGAGAAGAGACGGGCCGCACGCAAGGCGUCCGCGAAGAAGGCUGUAUCGGGAACGAAAAACAAGAAGACCAAGUCGCCUGCUACACAUGCCGCAAAGAGACCCAAAGUAGCCGGUAAUGGUGUCCCCAGUCAGUUGGCGUUUCGACCGGCUGCCAAUGGCAAGAAGACAGCGUCGCGGCCCAGGAAGCCGAAAGCGCGGCCAAGUCUGGCUGCUGGAAAAAGUGGCUUAUAUGCGGAGGUCUUUGGCAAGAACCAGACCGGCGACACCGUGGCUGCCGAAUGGCUCACGCAGUAUCAGAAGGAUGCCAAGGUCGCAAUGCAGGCCAUGGUCAAUUUCAUACUCAGGUGCACAGGUACCGACCUCGAAGUUAGUGACGCAGAUAUUGGAGAUCCAGACCACGCGCCAGAGCGCAUCAUUGAUUUGCAGAACGAAUACCAUUCGCUGGGAAUCGUCGAUUAUCCUCUUGUUUCGAAGGCGCGGACCUUCAAAGCCUUUCAACCAAUUCUGGAAGAUUUCUUCCUCGCGCUCGUGCAGACUCUCCAUCACUCGUCGGUCUUAUACAAGCAGCAGGAACUCUACGAAAAUCUCCAGAUAUGGCUUGCUGCCUUGUCCACUUCGGGAUGUCGGCCAUUCCGACAUACCUCCACUGUCAUCUCUCUCGCGAUUAUGAACGCCUUGUGUGAUGUCGCACGAGAAGUGAUGAGUACUGUCUCAACCUCGCGUAAACAGCUCGAAACAGAAAAGAAAAAGAGAACGGUCAACCAGGGCAGGAUCGAUGCUAUCACAUCCGCUGUCGAGGAGGGCGAGCAUAAGCUAGAGUCGAUUGAUGAGUAUCUCAAGGACGGUGUCAAUAUUGUUUUUGUCCAUCGCUAUCGGGAUGUGGAUCCCAAGAUUCGCGGUGAGUGUAUCGCAGCUCUGGGACGCUGGAUGCGCAGCUACCGGGAAUACUUCUUUGAGGGCCAAUUCCUCCGAUAUUUUGGCUGGAUUCUCUCCGACCCUUCACCAGAGACCCGCUCUGUCGUGGUGAUGCAGCUCCAAAGCCUGUAUUCCAACAAAGAUAACAUUGCUGGCUUGCACUCGUUCACGGAGCGUUUCCGUCAUCGAAUGGUGGAAAUGGCUGCCCACGAUGCGGAUGUCGGAGUGCGUGCCGCCUCGAUUGAACUCCUCGAUCUCAUUCGGGAUGCUGGCUUGAUUGAACCCGCAGAUAUAGACACCAUUGGUAGACUCGUUUUUGACGCGGAGCCAAGGGUGCGCAAGGCUGCUGGGUCAUUUUUCGUCGCCAAUGUCCAAGACGUCUUUGAUUCGACAACCGAAGAAGUCGGCGAGGAAAUGAAUGAGAUGUUCGGCGAUGAAGACGAGGACGAUUUCGAAUCACCCAAGCGCGCGUGGAUUAAGUUCAAGUGUUUGACUGAUAUUUUGCAAGCCUACGACGAGCAGGAAAACGAGUUGAAACCCGAGGGACACUUGUCCACUGCCCGCGACGCACUCUCGGGUGCUUCGCUAGAUACCCGAUUCGUGCUCGCUACGGAGGCCAUCUAUCCUCAUUUCGCAGAACUCGCCCAGUGGCAAUCCUUGGCCGGCUACCUGCUCUACGACCAUUCUCAAAUCCCUGAUGAUCCAGUUGAGGAUGACUCUGCUGGCAUAGUCAAGAAGCUGUACAAGAUGCAGGAAGGUCAGGAAAUGAUCCUCCUCGAAGUCCUUUGCUGUGCGGUCAAAUUGCGCAUUCUCGACGUUGCCAAAUCCGACAUCGACAAGAGAGGCCGUAAAGUCAGAACCCUGACAGACAAGAUCCCUGAAAUGCAGGAAGAGAUUGCACAUAGCCUCGCUCAAAUCAUACCUCAGCUUUUAAACAAAUAUGGAUCUGUUCCCGAGGCGGCGUCUGCGGUCCUCCGACUGGAACAUUUGGUCGACCUCGAUAAGAUCCAGGAUUUGCAAAAAGAUGCUACAGCAUAUACUUCGCUGUUGAACGAUAUCAAUAAGCAGUUCCUCACACACUCUGACCAGGAUGUGCUGGCAGAAGCUAGUGUUGCCUUUGUGCAUGCCAAGAGCUCCGAUGAUAUGAAAGAAGCUCUUGAGAGCAAGGUACAGGAACUUUGGGACGACAUUGCGGACGCUUUGAAUACGCUAUCUCAAAAGAAGGAGGUUGCCGAGGGCAGCUCGAUACCCACGUCAACCCUAAAUGAACUGGCCAAUACAGUGACAAGAAUCUCGAAUCUCGCCAGUGUAACAGACUGUACGCAGGUACUUGAGACCAAGCCAACUGGCAAAUCAAAGGGCAAGAAGAAGGAUGGGCUGGAAGCCCCUUUCAACAUCCUUAUACGCCUUAUUGAACGUGGUCUGCGCGAGGAAGAGGAUGAUGAGGAAUCGGCGAAGGCAGAAACGGAACUAGUAAUUAGCAGCAUACGGACACUGCUGUUCUAUUUCAUGUGGAAAGCUCAAGCCAUGACCGCAGCUUUGAGUACAGGGAAGGCGGCUUUUAGUACAGCGUACUUUGAGGCUUUGAGCAAAAGCCGCGAGGUAUUUGAAGCGAGUCUCGUCGCCAUCAUGCGACAACGCUCUGGCCUGGACAAUAUGCGCUUCACAGCGACCACAACCCUCCUCGACCUACAAACCUUGUUCGGGACCCUUCGCCAUGCUGGGUUGACGGCAGGAAACGACGAGGAUGUCAUCCAGCAAACGCAGAGCUUAGUCCAGGAAAUCCACUCGGAUACCCAGGCACUGAUCGGGAAGAUCCACGGGAUCGCGGAACGUACCUACGCCCGGAAGCUGCGACAGCCUAUCGAGCCCGCAGAAGACGACGAGCCUGCCUCUGACUCGGAUCUCGAGCGCGAUCCGUCAGACGAUGAGGAUGAGGAAGGCCCCGAGGGAGAAUUAAUAGCGAACGAGCGUCUGCGGUCAACCAUUCUGGCCGAGCAAAGGUUAUGCGAGCUGACAGGCAAAAUCGUCCUCGCCAUCAUCGGACGGAUCAUCGAUGCUUCUGGCCCAGACCGCGGGCAACUCAAAGACCGUCUGCUCAGGGACAGAUCCCGCUUGGGCCAGAACUACCGCGAAGUCCUCGCUUUCCUUGAUGAGCGCAAACCCAAAGUCGUAGGGCCCCGACCCUCCCGAUCAAAAGGCAAGCAAGCCGCCACCGGAAACGUGAAAGACGGCCAGAGCGAUGCCGCCAAGCGCUCGAAGAACUCCAAGUCUGCUGAGCGAAUCGAUGACGAGGACGACGAGGAGGAGAAUGAUCUAGACAUCGAGGAAGAUGACGAGGAGGAUCUCCGUGCCCGAGGACUCGUCGAGGACGAUCACAUCGACGAAGACAUUGAAGACGAGGACGGGAAUCCCACGGCACCGAACCCCGAUGAGGACGAAGUGAUGGGCGAUUGA